UGAAAGAAAGGUGCCAGGAACUAAAAACCGAUGGGACACGUAAUGAUACACACAUCCACACUGAUGCUGAAUCUGAAAAUAGAGAACAUGUGUGUGCAUCAAAUCUGGGAACAACCGUGGCCGGUGAUGGUGGUGCUUGCUUACAUUGUGAAGAUGGGACAUGCAGUGCAUGUUUAGCAACUCGUUCUCAACAUUGCACGAGGCUGCGUAGUGGAUGCACUUUGCAGGAUCUCUACAAGGAAGAGUUUUAUGACGAUGAUGACGAUAGUGAUUGGGAACCAGUACAUCAUUUUGUUAUGAAGAAGUGGUUUUGUACAAAUUGUACAAUGCCGAACUUUGAUGAUGUCUCUCACUGCGAUGUUUGUGGAGAACAUAAAGAGUCAGAAUUCUUCAAACAUGAUGUUUUCAAGACCCGUAAUGAAUUGGGAACUGAGAAAUUUUCCAGCUUAGACUCAGGCGGCAGAGAUAGAGAAUCAGCUUCAGACACAUCUACAGCUAUUGGUUUUGAUGAAAGGAUGCUGCUCCACUAUGAGGUCUCGAUGAAAUCACAUCCACACCCAGAAAGACCAGAUCGUCUCCGAGCAAUCGCAUCCUGUCUUGCUGAUGCAGGGAUAUUUCCUGGAAAGUGUUCUCUGAUUCCUGCUAGAGAAAUUACUGAGGGAGAACUCGAGAUGGUCCACUCGGUGGAUCAUAUUGAAACUGUUCAAAAGUCAAGUUGUAUGGUUGCCAGCUAUUUCACUUCAGACACAUAUGCCAAUGAACAUUCUGCACGUGCUGCAAGACUUGCGGCAGGAUUGUGUGCAGAUCUUGCAGUCUCAAUUAUGUCAGGACGUAGUAAGAAUGGUUUUGCUCUGGUUAGGCCUCCUGGUCAUCAUGCAGGUAUUAAACAAGCCAUGGGUUUCUGCCUCCAUAAUAAUGCAGCAGUUGCUGCGUUAGCAGCUCAACGAGCUGGUGCAAAGAAAGUGUUAAUUGUUGACUGGGAUGUACAUCAUGGCAAUGGAACACAAGAAAUAUUUGAGGGCAGCAAAUCUGUUUUGUAUAUUUCAUUACAUCGACAUGAAGGUGGUAGAUUCUAUCCAGGAACUGGAGCAGCUGAUGAGGUUGGGACCAUGGAUGGAAGAGGUUACUCGGUCAACAUCCCUUGGAGCCACGGGGGUGUGGGAGAUCAUGAUUACAUAUUUGCUUUUCAGCAUAUUGUGCUUCCUAUAGCUUUUAAAUUUGCCCCUGAUAUGACCAUUAUAUCUGCUGGAUUUGAUGCUGCCCGGGGUGACCCUCUUGGCUGUUGUGAUGUCACACCGGCUGGAUUUGCACAGAUGACAAACAUGCUUACUUCUUUAUCUCAGGGAAAGUUACUGGUUGUACUAGAGGGAGGUUAUAAUCUCCGGUCAAUAUCUUCUUCAGCUACUGCAGUUGUAAAGGUAUUACUUGGAGAGAAGCCUAGCUCUGAAAUGAGUUAUGUCACCCCGACGAAAGAAGGCCUUCAAACAAUUCUACUGGUUUCCAGAAUACAACUGGAGUUUUGGCCUAUUUUACAAGAGACUUAUACUGCAUUGAGGGCACAAUGGGAUUCAGUUUCCUCUCUAGAUAGCAGAAGACGGGCGAAGAAAAGAAAGAGGCUAGUUGGACCGUUCUGGUGGAAAUGGGGAAGCAAAAGGUUUAUCUAUGAGAGACUUUACAAGAGUUGACAUUUGAGGAUGAAGGGCUGUCCAUAAUGAAUAUGCUCUUCACCGAUUUCACUCAUAUUGAAACCAGAAGGCAGCCCAAAAUUUUGAUGUGGGUCAACCACAUGUGUUUAAGGUAAUGACAUGAAUUUUCAUGCGAGUUGUUAAGUGAAUUUAGAAUGACAGAUCAUCUUCAAAUUAUCCCCCAUCAAGAAUCAGCUAAUUAAUCAUCAAUUAUGCAUCUGUAAUCACCUUGUGUUUUUUUUUUCCUCCAAUUGAUUCCUUGUAUAGUUCCUUUUAAAAUCUGUGCAAUUGAAACCAGUGGUGUUUUUAGGAUAUGAAGUUUUCAGUUUGUGUUU